AUGGGAAUGCAUGUGGAGACCAUCACCCCAGGGGUCGGGAGGACCUUCCCCAAGCGUGGGCAGACCUGCGUGGUGAAUUACACGGGUAUGCUGGAGGAUGGGAAGAAGUUUGACUCCUCCCACAACAGGAACAAGCCAUUCAAGUUCGUGGUGGGCAAGCAGGAAGUCAUCCGUGGCUGGGAAGAAGGGGUCGCCCAGAUGAGCGUUGGGCAGCGAGCCAAGAUGAUCAUCUCACCAGACUAUGCCUACGGCUCCACCGGCCACCCAGGAAUCAUCCCCCCCAACUCCACUCUAAUUUUCGACGUGGAGCUUAUGAAGUUAGAAUGACACGAGGCGCCGCGUCUCCCGUUUCCCUGCUCUGGGGUUUGGCACAUGGCAAAAUCCAGAAACCUUUUUGCUUCGAGAAGAAUGCACACAAAUUUGUAUGAAGCUUUUCCUGGCUUAUCCACUACACUCUUGGUGUAAACCAUCCACCCCGAUUUGAAUGUGUUGGGUCACCCGGCUCUGCUUCUGACUCUCCUUUCUUGUUCUCCUUUGGGC